AUGUCGUACGUUUUAAGUACCAUCCGCGAACAAAACAGGCGCUCCGGGGCAAUUUUUAGCCUGCUGUUAGCUCUCACUAUACAUCAGACUUUGACUGCUGAUGUUCCACCCACUGUGGUCACCCCUGAAACCAGCUCACCUCCGGCUUCUCCUGCAACCCCCGGACCCCCUGAGCGAGGCAGUUACAAUGUCACCAAUGCCACUGACGCUGUCUGUCUCUUGGCACGGAUGGGACUGCAGCUCAAAAUUAGUUUUAUUUCGCGCUCUCAUGGCAAGACUGUCCAGGAGGUCUUGAACCUGCAUCCAAACCUGGUUAAAUUCUCUGGAUCCUGCGAUCCAGACAGUGCAACUCUCAUACUCACUGAGGACAACAUUACUCUGACUUUCAGCUUCUCUUUGAAUUCCACAUCAAACAAGUUUCAUCUUAGUGGGCUGGAGUUGUCAGCUGCAUUGCCUGAUAUGACUAAGCGCAUUGUUUUCAGGAACACCACUCUGAACUACAUGGUGGGAACCCUGGGCCACUCUUAUAUGUGUCAGAAAGAGAAGACCUUGAGCGUUACACAGGAUUUCUCUCUCAGCACCUUCCAGCUUCAAGUGCAGCCUUUCGGUGUCAAUGGAGAUUUUGGAGCAGCUGAGGUGUGUGAGCUAGAUGAGGACGACAUGUUGAUUCCCAUUAUUGUGGGUGCUGCCUUGGCUGUUCUUGUGCUCAUAGUGAUCCUGGCCUACGUUAUUGGCAGGAACAGAAGUCAUGCGGGCUACCAGACCAUCUAACCUCAUGUAAUCUUUAAGCCAGUAUGUGUAGGCACGACCGAUUUCUGUUCUCAUCUGGACUCAACCACACUAGUUUUUAACCUGCUGUGCCCUCUUCUGGUGUCUCACCCUGUCACCGCUCAGGUGGACCUGUGCUUCCUGGACUUUCUGUUGUAUUAUGUUAAACAUUGUAUAAUUAUUGCAUACUUAAGGGUGCAGGGCAAAAUCAAAGGUGUGUUUGAGGCUGUAGGUCAUGCUAAGGUAUUGUUUCCAGGAACCAGAUUAUGCUUAUCUAGAGGAAUGCCUGGAGUUUGUUGUCAUUAAGGCUUAAUCUGGGUUAGAAAGCAUACGAUCUGUUUGGUACCUCAUAUUCUUAAAUUUAACCUCAUGCGUUUAUUUAUAUAAAUACAAGGAUUUAGGGAAAACUGAUGAUGUUGUUAAUCUUACAUGCUGAGUCUAAAAGGGACUAGAUAUUUAACACUAUUUAACACCUGAUCCUGAUCUCAAACUACUGUCUGUGAUUUGUGAAGUUCUCAUUUGGGGUUGAACACUAUACAAGACUCAGCUUUUGAGAUAUACCGAAUUGGAGAAAUAUAAUUAAUUUAUUAUUGCUAACAAAGCCUUGCAUAACAGUGUUCAGUCAGAUGUCAGUCUGGUACUAAGUUUUAAUGAAGAGAAUUUCCACAUCUAGCAUGGAUCUCUCCAGAUCUGCUGAGACAGGGAAUAUCCACUUUCUAAAGUAGAAUACCCUUCAGUAUCACUAUAUAGCUCUGUUUCCCUCUCGUACUACAUAUUAAAACUAUAUAGCCUGCUUGCUUCCGUUUAGCAUUGUAUUUGCACUCAUUCAGAAAUGUUAAAAGGGAAAUUCUAGAGUGAGGAAAUAUUAUGGUUUUGCACUACUGGAUGGAUAAAGGGUACGAUUCACACUAACACAACAGGAAGUUCUGAAUAACUUGAGGUAGGUUUAGACUAUUAUAGACCCAGGUAAAUGGUUAACUGUUACAAACACAAGGAGUGCACUGUUAAACAUGCUUUAUCAUAUGGUGGAUGAAUUUUUCUCCUUUCUGAUGCGCCUUCAUAUGGAAUGACUGCAUACAUUUUUUUGUGGAUAUUAAAGUGUUGCCUUGAUUGCUACGAAGUUCAUGUUGUUUUAAGGGAAUGCGAUUCUAAGUUUCUAAAUAAAAUGAAUGUAAAUGACAAAAAAA